AUGAGCACCGUUUCUCGGCUCGUUUUGAGCUCUAUGAACGGGUACACCUUUGAACGCGACGCUGGGGUUGACGUCAACGUAAGCCUGGAGUGGUAUAAGUCGACCAGUCCAUUCUCGUGGUGCGAAUCCGGAAGCACCUGUAAUCGUACACUAGGGUCGGGUGAAGCCACCGUUUCCCUGGCCAGUCGAAAGAGGCUACAGGUGCGAUUUAGGUUCCAGCCUCAGAGGCAGGCCUUUUCUUGGAACGGCCUGGAGGUGUUGCUGCAGUGCCCUGUGGCAGCAUCCACACUCGACACCGCGCUGCCCGUCAUGUACGAGCCAGCAACCAUGUGUUAUCAGGUGGUCGAACUUUACGCGGUGUGCAAGUGCCUCUACUACCAGCACGCUGUUGAUCGGUGCGCGGCAUAUGGGCAACCCGGCCAUUAUCCUCAUAAGAAGGAGGUUUUGGUAGGACACUCCUGCGGCAUUCACUCGCGCCGUAGCGGACAUUCCUACGGCGCAUCACACUACUCGGACUCUGGCUACUCAUCAAGCCACUCACCCAAAUCCUCCUCCCGUGGCCACUAUCGAUGA